AAGCAUUUUGAUUGUGCUGCUUGUUAAGUGGUGAGAAAGGUGCUGGUGCUGCUCCAUGAUGUGAGUCCUUGGUGAAAGCCCCCGGUGAAAGUUCCUGGCAGAACCAAGUUCCAGUGGGAUGCCUCCACUUUUCUUUCACAGCCCUCGAGGAGGUUCACAGAUCAGUGUCUGAUCCCUUCCGCCUUUGCAAGCCUGAAGUUGUUGCAAAUUCAGUGCAGAAGCUGAGGAUUCUUUUUCCUUGUUGUCAGCCUGAGGCUGCAGCACUCCGGGCUGCCCGAUGGGAACCCCAGCAGAGGGGCUCGGGAUGGCUGGUCUGCCCAUCACCGUGCACAGAACCACACCGCGGCUGCUCUGCCAGCUGACUCCUGCCCCCUAUUUGAAGUUUGCAUUGAUAAGCCCACUGCAAAGGGCUGGGACUUUUUAUUUAUAGACUCCCACAGGAGGUUGGGGCGGGGGUUGCCUGUCCCUUCUCACAGCAGCGCGGAGAGCCAGGCAUCCUCCUCCUGUGCUGCGGUUACACAUGGUCGCGUUCCUGCCAUCACCGCGUCCUGUUCAGCAUCUCCUGGGGACGGCGGCUGGCUGGGCGCGACGUGAGGGGCCCGGGCUGCGGGGCUGUUUCUGUUCCACUCGUGGGAACGGGGCUUCAGCAGGAUUUAUUACGGACGCUGAGACCUUCUGCGGCUCCUGAAGACGCUGCCUUCUAGUCGCGGCAGGCGCUGGCGUUUCCUUGGGCGAGGCGCGCAGCAGAAUAACUAAUGAAUGCCUUCAGCCUGGAAGAGUGCAGCAUGCGGAGGGCGAGCUCCGGCCGCAGCCCGCAGCACCAGGGUGAAGUGACUCAUCUACCCUAGCUUGUCAGAGGAUGUUUAACUGACGGCCCAACUGGACCACACCAUGGAGAAGACAGAUGCAGAUGGCCAGCCACCCAAACCUGACGGGGAGAGGGAGCAGCCCCGCAGCCUCCCCUAUUCUGUGGAGACACCCUACGGCUUUCACUUGGACCUGGACUUCCUGAAGUACGUGGAUGACAUCGAGAAAGGGAACACCAUCAGAAGGAUUCACAUCCACCGGAAAGCCAAACAGCCCAAGUUCAGCACCCUGCCCCGAAACUUCAGCCUGCCCGAGAAUGGCUCCCGUGGCUGCACAUCUGCUCCCAGCAAGAGCUGGACGGCCACCUGCUCCUUCCCCCAGCGAAAGGCAUCACUGGGGUCAGAGGAGACCCCCCAUCCCCUCCCGCCCAGCGAGGCAGCCCUUCCUGUGGCCGAUGAGCCGAGUUACCGGAGAAAAGCACUUCUGGCAGAGACACAGCGGCAGGUGGAGCUGGGGCGGCCACAGCUGCUGCGAGCCUCCAGCAUGCCGGCUGCAUUGCUACCUGGGCAGCCCCUGCCAGGGGAUGGGAGGGUGCCCUCACCUCUCCGUCCACCUCCCCAGCACUGCCAUGACCAGGUCAGCUUCAGCUCCAAAAGCACAUUUCACCCCACAGUGCGUUCACCCAGCUCCAAUGGCAGUGUGUUACAUCUCCCCCAGGAGAUGAGCUUCCAGCAAGAUGCCUCCUUGGGGCAGAAGGAGCAUCCUGAUGGAGGAAGCCCAGGGCUGGGACAGAUGCAGCCCCCCUGGCAGAGCCAGCAUCCCACAGCACCACAGCUGCAGGUGGUGAUGGAGAGCAGAGGUGAGGAGGGUGAUGCCAUCGAUGACAGUGGUUGCUCCACCUUGGCUGGGAGUGAACAAGCCUCACUGGCUGCCCUCCAGCUUGCAGAGGAGAACAUGAACCCUGGGGAAAAGGAUUUAAGUGUGAGUGAAAUAGCUCCAAAAGUGCUGAAGAAAUCUGAGGAGGGGAGUGUCCAGGCUGGAGAGAACAAGGAGAGCUGUGUUGCUCAGCCUCAUGUUGCUGGAGAGCCCGGUGGGGUUGCCGUGCUGAAGCAGCACAUUGCUGCUCUGGAGGAGCAGCUGGGCAAGAAGAAGGAAGAGCUAGAGCAGAUCAAGGCUGUGCUGGAGCAGCAGGAUCAGGAGAUCAAGGAAAAGGAAAAAAGCAUUAAGUUACUGGCCAGCUCCAAAGCUCAGCUGGAAGAGAAGCUGCUUUGGGAAAGCAGCACAGAGGGCAAGUUGCCAUCCAGGCAGAGUAGGGGAGCUUUGGAGUGCCACGAUGCUGCAGUGAACACCGACCUCUUGCAGGUAACUGGGGCCAGGCAAGUCCAUGAUAAAGGCAUCAACGUGAAUAUUCCAGUCCCCACCAAAUCUGUGGGGUGCAGCAUCCAGAGAACAGACAACAUGAACACACAGACCGGGGAGCUGGGUACUUGGAGAGAUCUGCCAGAUGCUCCUGCCAGUGUCAUUGGGGUGGGACCUGGACAUUUGGGUGAUGCCAACAUUGAGUCUGGACUUCCCACACUGUGCUUUACCCAGCUGAAGGCUGCCGAGCGUCUCAGCGAUGACAAUCAGAACCACAGGAGUGACUGCUGUGCCCAGAGCCUUGCCGCGCACCCCGGGCCUGCAGAAAGCUAUCAGGCAACAAGAAACAGCUCAGGCAGGGGAGAAAACAAAGCAGGCUCUGGAGAAGAUAAACCUCCAGAUGGGCUAGAAAAGGAAGGUCCCCAUGACCACGAGGAUCUCCCUGCUGUUGACCCCAUUGGCCAAUAUGUAAAAAAAAUCCAGGAGCUUCUGCAGGAGCAGUGGCUGUGUUUGGAGCAUGGCUACCCUGAGUUAGCGAGUGCCAUCAAGCAGCCGGCCUCCAAGCUCAGCUCCAUCCAGAACCAGUUAGUUAAUUCCUUAAACUCGCUGCUCUCUGCCUACUCUACGCGAGGGUCCGCCGAUAAGGAGAACUCCAACACACACUAUCAACAGUUGGAAACCUCUCCAACUACAAGUCUUAAAUCUAUCAUGAAAAAGAAAGGUUAUGGUUUCCGUGCAGGAGGCAAUGAGACCAAAAAGAAUCUUCAGUUUGUUGGGGUAAAUGGUGGCUAUGAAACAACUUCAAGUGAAGACACAAGUUGUGAGGACAGCCAGUCGGAUGGUGACACCGAGAGUGAGACGGAAAGAAGACUCGAUGACUUGGAGCCCACACAGGUGGAAGCUGGAGGUGAAAGCAAGGAGGCUUCCUCAGGGACCUCCUCGCAGGAGAAAUGCAAGGAUGAUGGCCUUCAGAAACCAUCGACAGAAGCAGCACCUUGCACUCAGCACAAGGCUGACAGAUGCAAACCCUCUGAAGCUUUCCUUGCCAACUGCCAGCUCCUCAGCAAGCACCUCUCAGAAAUCAGGACCACAAGUGACAAGCAUCUGCGGCACAUCCUGAACACUGUCUGCCAGGAGUGGUUCCGGGUGUCCAGCCACAAGAAUUCCAGCACAGAGGUGGUCGCAGAGUAUCUCAAGGAGCUGGGGGCCAUCCAGCCCCAGAUCCUGGACAUGGUGGUGAACCUGGCUGACAGGAACGGCAAUACAGCUCUUCACUACAGUGUUUCCCACUCCAACUUCCCAAUUGCAAAGCUCCUGCUGGACACAGGUGUAUGCUGCCUGGACUUGCAGAACCGCGCCGGCUACACGGCAGUGAUGCUCACCCCACUGGCAGCUGCUGAGACAGCUGAGGACAUGGAGGUGGUGAUGAAGCUGCUGAAGGAGGGGGAUGUCAACCUGCGAGCAGCACAGGGGGGCCAGACUGCGCUGAUGCUGGGGGUCAGCCACGAGCGGGAUGACAUGGUGCGAGCUCUUCUCUCCUGCCAGGCCGAUGUCAACCUGCAGGACGAGGAGGGGACGACGGCACUGAUGGUAGCCUGCAGGCAGGGCAAUGCCGACAUCGUCAAGCUCCUCUUGGCACAGCCUGGCUGCCAGGUCAUGCUGACAGACAAUGUAAGGCUCAGCCACUCCUCACCAGCCCUGUUCUCCAGACCCUUCACCAGCUUUGUUGCCCUUCUUUGUUCAGGCUCAAUGUCCUUCUUGCAGUGAGGGGCCUGAAACUGAGCCCAGUAUUUGAAGCACAGCCAAGUACAGGGACACGAUCACUUCCCUAUUCCUGCUGGCCACACUAAUGUCUUCAUCUCUUCCCUUCCCACAGGAUGGUAACUCAGCCCUGUCACUGGCCCAGCAAGCUGCCUAUGGGGACAUUGCCACACUGCUGCGAGCCCACAUCGAGCAGAGCCCAUCGCUCUCUGUAUGACUGAGUUGGGUGAAGAAAUCAAGAUGGGGAGUGGGAAACAAACAGCUCCUUCUUGUAACAGUCCCUCUGCUGCAGCCAACAUCAUGGUUUUCCACAGGUGCAGGGGGAUGACCCCUGUCAGCUGUCUGCAUA